GAACAGAAGACGUUGACGCGGUGGAUGAGCAGCGCCGUGGAGAAAUCUGACCGCAGCUUCUUUGCCUUAAGCUCUUUAAGCUUUUAGGCUUAAAGCGUUAAAACAGGAGCGCCAUAGCUGCAGCUCCGCAGCGGCGACCAAUCUGCGGCAUUAUCCAUCCGAACCGCUUCUUUACAUUCACUAGGAGAUUUUAUUUUGCUGCUGUGGGCGCAGACCGUCCCAUGCCAGAAAAAAAAAGGCAGAUAAAUGCGUGAGAGGGAGCUUUUACGCACGGUGCGUCUCCAUCAUGACGUCGCCAAUGAGCUCCAGAUUGUAGAGAGGAGGAGGAGGGGAGUGCUGAAUCGCUGUUCGUCGUUUCUGUGGAUGCGUUUGUGUAUCUUUAUUUGUGUGUAUGUGUGUGUAUGUAUGUGUGGAUUUUUUCCCCCUUCUUGUCAUCUCUUUGCAAUACUUGGAAAUAACCCGGACCAGCGCUGUUUUAGUGUUUACGCGCGGAGCAGCUCGCACCUUUACUGCAAAGCCAUAAUAACAGAGCCAUGCAAAGCGCUGGGAGGAUGCACCCUUCAGCCCAGUAAUCCGCCUCACUGGGCUUUCCUCGGCUGGGAGGACUGGUCUGGACCCGGAGCAUCGAACCGACAAUCCAGAAAUGGCGCGGAUAUUGUUUCUGAUUAUCCUCUGCUCUCUUCCAUCGCUCGUCGUGCCUAUGCAUAAUUCAUCGGCGGGAGGCUGUGCCAUCAUCCGGCCGCCGAGGGAUGGAGGGAUCCGCUACAGAGGGCUGACACAAGAACAGAUCCGCAGUGUGCAGAUCCUGCCUGUGGAUUACGAGAUCGAGUACAUCUGCAGGGGAAACCGGGUGAUCGUGGGACCCAAAGUCCGGAAGUGUCUACCCAACGGGACGUGGACGGACAUGACGCAGCCCAGCAGAUGCUUGCUGCUGUGCCCGAGGGUGUGGACGUCCCUGGAGAACGGCAGAGUGACGGCGAGGCCCCCCGGGCCCCCAGUGGAAGGGACGGUUCUUCAUUACAGCUGCAACGCCGGCUUCAUCCUGGAGGGAAGAAACAUCAGCCAUUGCACCAAGCUCGGGAAAUGGGACGCUCCUAAACCCACCUGCCUAUAUGACAGAAACUACACAGGGAAGAAGAAGCUGUACAUCGGAGCGCUGUUCCCCAUGAGCGGAGGCUGGCCGGGCGGCCAGGCGUGCAUGCCCUCCGCUCAGAUGGCCCUGGACCUGGUCAACAACCGGAGCGACAUCCUGCCGGACUACGAGCUGGAGCUCAUCCACUUCGACAGCAUGUGUGACCCGGGAGAAGCCACCAAGCUGCUGUACGACCUCCUCUACACCGAGCCCAUCAAGAUCGUCCUGAUGCCGGGCUGCAGCGGCGUCUCCACGCUGGUGGCUGAAGCGGCUCGGAUGUGGAACCUCAUAGUGCUGUCCUACGGCUCCAGCUCGCCGGCUCUGUCCAACCGCCAGCGUUUCCCCACCUUCUUCCGCACGCACCCCUCGGCCACCCUCCACAACCCCACCAGGGUGCGGCUCUUCAAGAAGUGGAACUGGCAGCGCAUCGCCACCAUCCAGCAGACCACAGAAGUCUUCACCUCAACUCUGGAUGAUCUGGAGCAGAGGGUGAAGGAGGCAGGCAUCGAGAUCAGCGUUCGUCAGAGCUUCCUCACCGACCCGGCUGUCGCUGUCAAGAACCUCAAGCGGCAGGACGCGAGGAUCAUUGUGGGGCUCUUUUAUGAAACCGAAGCCAGGAAGGUGUUCUGUGAGGUGUUCAAGGAGAAGCUCUACGGGAAGAAGUACGUGUGGUUCCUGAUUGGCUGGUACGCCGACAACUGGUUCAAGAUCAAAGACCCGGCCAUCAACUGCACGGUGGAGAACAUGACGGAGGCCGUGGAGGGACACGUGACCACCGAGAUCGUCAUGUUGAAUCCGGAGACCGUCCGCGGGGUCUCCAACAUGACUUCACAGGAGUUUCUCAGUGCCUUGAUGUCUCGUCUUGGGGGUAAGAACCCCGAGGAGACGGGUGGAUUUCAGGAGGCCCCGCUCGCCUUCGACGCCGUGUGGGCUCUGGCGCUGGCCCUUAACAAGACCGUGGCGCCCCUGAAGUCAAAGGGCCGACGGCUGGAGGACUUCAACUAUAACAACCACGACAUCACCUCAGAGAUCUACAGAGCGCUCAACACAAGCUCCUUCGAGGGGGUUUCGGGUCACGUGGUGUUUGACGCCCAGGGUUCCAGGAUGGCGAUGACCCUCAUCGAACAGCUGCAAGGAGGCAGUUAUAAGAAGAUUGGUUACUAUGACAGCUCCCAGAGGAACCUCUCCUGGUUCAACAACGACGUUUGGAUCGGUGGGAAGCCUCCGGCCGAUCGAACGGUGGUGCAGGAGGUAUUCAGGAUCUUGUCUCAGAAGCUCUUCGCGGCCGUGUCGGUCUUCGCCGGGCUCGGCAUCCUGCUCGGCAUCGUCUGUCUGACCUUCAACAUCUACAACGGCAACGUGCGCUACAUCCAGAACUCUCAGCCGUACCUGAACAACAUGACAGCGGUGGGCUGCAUGAUGGCGCUGGCUGCAGUGUUCCCGCUGGGGAUUGAUCGGCACCACGUCAACACGCCGCAGUUUCCUGUCGUCUGCCAGUUCCGCCUGUGGCUCCUCGGCCUCGGCUUCAGCCUCGCUUACGGCAGCAUGUUUACCAAGAUAUGGUGGGUCCACACCCUCUUCACAAAGAAGGACGAGAAGAAGGAGAAGAAGAAGCCACCCUUGGAGCCGUGGAAGCUCUACGCAACAGUUGGAGUGCUGCUGGCCAUCGACUUCCUGUCACUCAUGAUCUGGCAGAUUGUGGAUCCUCUGCAAAUCACAGUCGAGAUGUUCACUAAGGAGGCCCCUAAAGAAGAUCUGGAUGUCCUAAUUCAGCCUCUGCUGGAGCACUGCAGCUCGAAGAAGAUGAACACGUGGCUCGGCGUGGUUUAUGGCUACAAGGGUCUUCUACUGCUGCUGGGCAUUUUUCUGGCUUACGAGACCAAGUCUGUCUCCACCGAGAAGAUCAAUGACCAUCGAGCCGUGGGGAUGGCCAUUUACAACGUAGCUGUGCUGUGCCUGAUCACGGCCCCGGUGACGAUGAUCCUGUCUUCCCAGCAGGACGCCUCCUUCGCCUUCGCCUCUCUGGCGAUCGUCUUCUCUGCCUACAUCACUCUGGUGGUGCUCUUUGUACCGAAGAUGCGACGUCUCAUCACCCGCGGCGAGUGGCAGUCAGAGCAGCAGGACACGCUGAAGACCGGCUCGUCCACCAACAACAACGACGAGGAGAAGUCCAGGCAGCUGGAGCGGGAGAACAGGGAGCUGCAGAAAAUCAUCCAGGAGAAAGAAGAGAGGGUGUCGGCACUUCGCAACCAGCUGGCCGAGCGUCAGGCCAUACGUAACCGCCGCCAACCCACCUCAGGCCAGAACCAGAACCACAACGCUCCGCCGCCGGCGUCGCUGACCGACCCCAAGUCGCUGCUUCCUCCUCCGGGCUACCCCAACCCCGCCUCGGACAAUCACUCCAUGCCGCCUUCCUUCUCCAACUCGUCCAGCCUCUACCCGGCCGACAAGAUGAGCCGCAACCACUGUCACAACAGCCAGAUCCCGCUGCUCUACAAGUAGGCCACGGGGGGGUGGGGGGGGGGGGUCCUCUCACAGCGCACACAUGAGGGGGAGAAAUGACACACAAGCAGGACACAACUGUGACGUUCGGCUUGUUUGGGAGGAGAGCUCAGCGGUGACGGGCGCACAGGUAACAUCCAUCCUCACCGUUCUGCGUUUAAACCCGGAAACGAAGCAAACGGCGACGGCGCCGAGCGCGUCUCCGACCUGCAGAUGUCAUCUGGACGUUUACGCUCUCUGUCCUCGCUUCCUGGGGAUCGCCUUCUUUGUGGAGGCGGGGACAUGUAAGGAAAAACGUGCGUUUCUGUGGGGGUUUUUUGCGAUUUUGUCUCCAUGUUUCGUCUGAUGGGGUUUGUUGACUAGAAAUCCACAUGCAGUAGAUGGUUUAUAUUGUUCCGUAAUAUUUGAUCUGUUUUGUCACGGAGUUGUUGUUUGAUUCUGUGUUCACUAUUCAGGAGAAAACUGACAGUUCCAGACUGAUAAAAGCAAUGUACAGAUUUUAUCCGACGUUCCCGCUGGGGAGCCGGAUCUGCAGGAACGCUGCGUUUAUCCAAAAGUGAUCAUGUGCUUUAUUUAACAGCCAUACCUUAAAGGUCAGGAGGUCAGCAUGUAUGGAUGUGUGUUGUCCAGACGACAUUUCAAUAAUACGUUUUUAUUAACAUGAUGAUGAGUAGGGAGAAUAACGAAUGCUUUGGGCCAAUUCUGAUGCUCCAUGUUUGUUUUUUCUCUAUUUUUAAUUCCUUUUUAUCUAAUAUAUCUGUUCAGUAAUGAGGGAACGCCUGAACGCUAAGUCUAGACAACAGGCCCUCGUCUCUGAAGACGAUACUGGUCCAAUUUCACACGAGCCAAACAUCCUCCUGAGCUUCUGACCCUGUUCUGGUGUUUAAAACGGAGCUAAUGAGAAACUUCUUGCUUCAUUAAAGCCUCAUCAAGGAUGUACAAGAAAAUCAAUGUUCUAAGAUCAGGGAACAACAUCAAGUCAAAUCUUCAUGUAUGAUCCAGUUAUAAUCCACACGAACAUUCAAAUAUUGCAACGUUUUAGUGAAAUAAAUGAUGCGGAUUGGACUCUGCAUCCAGUGAGUUAUGACACUGAAGAUCUUACCUGAGUAGGUCGUGUCUUCUCACCUUUGCAGCUCAUAUUAACAUCUUCAGAUCCCAGCUGUUGAAACAUGGUGGCUGCAAAUAAAAGCGUUCCACAUUAAAGUUUUAGGGAGCCAACAGAAGCUGAAGCUCAGUUGCAUAAAUGUUUUUUUCUGUUGCUGAUUAGGCUCAGAUAUUUUGACAAAGCUCAGUUUGUCUCUAGGUAUUACGGUAUUGUGACCCACAUGCGUCACAAGGUCAUGAACACAGCAUAACAAACCAGCCGUAGCUGUCAAAAAUUCUUUAUUUUUUCACUUUAAUACAGUUUACAUUUAAAAGCUUAAAUCAAAUAUUAAACCUUAACAUUUACAAAAAUCAGACUGCCGUCAGUUUAAUUUACACGAUUACGGCAGAAUAUUUGAAUAAAGUCAAGCGAUGCUUUCACAGACGAGGUUGUUCACCAGGAGCUACAUCAUCUUGCAAAACUCAAAUCUUUUCCUGUUUUUCUUUUUACAUGCCAGCCAUAAACUGAGGUGCAUUUUAUUGGGAUUUUAUUGAGUAGAUCAAAGCAAAGCAAAGGUGCGGCAUGCUGUUGUAAUUAGUCCUUGUGAGUCAAUACGUUGUGGAACGACCUUUCGCUGCAAUUAAAGCUGCAAGUGUUUCAGCUUUAAUUGAAAUGUUUGCCCAUUAUUUUUUUAACAAAACAGCUCAAACUGAGCCAGACUGCACAACAAACGUCUCUGAGCAACAGUUGUAAAGUUUGUUCAGAAGUUUUUAAUUUUGAUUUAGGUCUGGACUAGACCAUUCAUGCACAUGUAUGUUUUAAACUAACCCAAUAGAGUUCAAAGUCAGUCCUAAAGGACCUCAGAAGUUAGAUGUUGCUCUUAUUUAUUACACCUUAAUCAAAUGAAAGGUUCCUUAGCAGGCGUCUGCAAUGGUAGGGGACAUCCUGAGGAAGUAGCUCAGCUGCUUUAGUCAGCUGUGUUGGAGCAUGGACAAAUCUAAAACCUGCAGGAUUAAGGACUGGAGCUGGACACCUCAGACUGAACCAUCUGUUCGGGCUCUGGCUGUAUGUUUAAGGUGGUGCUGCAGCUGGAAGCUCAAACUCCACCUUGCUUUCUAGGCUUCUGAAGCCUCCAAUAGUUACCUGGAGUUACCAUACCACUUUAUUUAUAAAGCACCUUAAAGCAGCAGCAAAGCAGACUGAAAGGCUUUACAAUAAAACGACCAAAUAGAGCUCCCAGAAUAAAACCCUUUGCUAAAAGCCAAGUCCCUUACAAGGCUUUUAGCAAACUGGGAGUGCAUGACUAAUAGUUACCCUGCCAACAUAUUCUGCCACCUGAGCUACUGAUCUCUACAUCUCCCCCAGAGCAACAAUAGGCUACUUGAAAACGUUGGCUUGCCUGGUAGGAUUUUAAUUUGUAAACUGUUUAGAAACCCAUCUGUCAUUUUCCUUCCACCUCACAGUUUGGCACUGAGUUGUGUUGGUUUGUCCCAUGAAAUCCCCAAAAGCAGCCUGAGUUCUGUUAAUGUAACAAGAUGUGGAAUAAGUUGAUGGGGUAUGAGAACUUUUGCAAAGCACUUCAAAUACGCGCAUGUUUCCCCCUAGAUUUUUACAAAUGGGGAUCUGUUACACGUCAUUCCUGUGAGCUUUUUCAGAUUUUUAUGAAGAUGUUCAACAUGUUUUCAUGUGGGAAACUGUAAAUAACCUCAGUUUUGUUUGUUUUUUCUUUUUUUUCUUUAAACAUGUUGCAAAUGUAUCAAAGUAAGAGAUAGAGGAAGAUAUUCUGUAUUUAUAGCCGUUAUUCUGGAAGUUCUGUUUCAGUCUUGGGUUAAAGCUGGAGGCUAGAAUGAUCCACUAACUCCAUCAGCAGGUAAAAUAAGAGUUUAUCAGAUAUUAUCCAAUGACUGGUGGUAAAUCUGAGUAUGCACAUUAACCUGAACAAGGGUGGAUGCUUGGUCUAUAGGUUUUUAGCUCACUGUGUCAAUGACAUAUGGCUCCUGUUAACUGUGUUGCUGGGUCAGAUGGUGUAACAUAUGAAUGCGGAAAUAAUUUAACAAAUGUUCUAUUAUCUUGCACAUAUAUGCUGUUAAACAUGGAUUGGGGGAUAUUUGUACUCAUUAUAUCUAAAGAUGCUAAAUGUUAAUAUAUUUCAGAGUAUCUGUAUGCUAAUAUGUGGGUAACAUGAAUAAAAUGUCUGUUUUUUCACUGGA